AUGGUCACCAUCCCAAAAACACACAAGGCCGUCGCCACCCCCGCCCCGCGGGCCCCCCUCGUCCUCCUCGACCGCGACACCGAGGCCCCCGGCCCCGGCGAGGUCCUGAUCCACAACGAGUGGACGGCCUCCUCCCCGCUCGACCUCCACCGCGCCGACGGCGGCCUGCUCUGCCACCACCCGGAGGUCAUGGGCGGCGGCGCGGCCGGCACCGUUGUCGCGUCCGGGCCCGGGACGGAGCAUCGGCUCCGGCCGGGUGAUCGGGUGUUCUACUUCGCGUUCCACGACUUCCGCGAGCGCGCGCAUCAGGAUUUCGCCACCGUCCCGGAGUAUCUUGUGUCGGCGCUCCCCGGAAAUGUGAGGCCCGAGGAGGCUGUGACGGUGCCGACGAAUUUGAUUACCGUGUUUCAUUCCGUCACGGCUGACCUUGGGCUCGAGUUGCCCUGGCCGAGACCAAGUGGUUGGGAGCCGAGGGAGAGGGAUGCGCCGGUGCUGGUUUGGGGCGCGGCGAGUAGUGUGGGCGUGUACGCCGUGCAGGUGCUGCGGUACUGGGGGUACGACAACGUGAUUGCCGUCGCGAGCGAGAAGCACCAUGCGUACCUGAGGGAGAUCGGGGCGCGGGAGACGUUCAGUUAUCGGGACGCGGAUGUGGUCCCACGGGUGUUGGAGGCUGUGGGCGAGGACGGGGUGCCGUUCGUGUUGGACUGCAUCGGGUCUGUCGAGGGCACGCUGAGGCCGUUGACGAAGAUCGCGAGGAGGGGGACCAAGGUGGCUAUCAUGUUGCCUGUUAUCGUGAGGGAUGCGACGGAGGAGGUCGAGCCUGAGUAUGAGAUGGACGUGGGGAAUGUGCUUGUCGGGGAGUGGGAUGAGGGUGUUGAGUUGAGGGGCGUGAGGACGCAUUUCUACCUGGCGAAUGAGUUCUUCAAGGAGAAGAUGCAGAGGGAGAUCGUGCCCAAGUUGCUCGAGGAUGGCAUCAUUAAGCCAAAUAGGCAGAAGAUCGUGGAGGGAGAAACGAUGUUGGAGAGGGCGCAGAAGGCGAUUGAGUUACUCAGGAAGAGGGAUCCUUCUGGGGAGAGGCUUGUCUGGAGGGUGUCGGAUCUGAAGUUGUGA